GCUGUGUGUGGCGCUUCUGUGGCGGGUGUUAUAAUUUAGCUGCUGCCUUGGAAGGGGACGAGUAUGUUCUGUGAGAAAGCCAUAGAGCUGAUCCGGGAGCUGCAGCGUGCUUCAGACGGACAGUUGCCUGCGUUUAACGAGGAUGGAAUCAGACAGGUCCUGGAAGAGAUGAAGGCUUUGUAUGAGCAGAACCAAGCAGAUGUCAAUGAAGCAAAGACAGAAAGCCGCAGUGAAUUGAUACCAACAAUUAAAUUCCGCCAUUGCUCUCUUCUACGAAAUCGGCGGUGCAUUGUUGCUUAUCUAUAUGACCGGAUGCUGCGGAUCCGUGCUCUGCGAUGGGAGUAUGGCAGUGUGCUGCCCAAUGCUUUGAGGUUCCAUAUGUCUGCAGAAGAGACAGACUGGUUUAAUCAAUACAAAAAAUCAUUGGCUACAUACAUGAGGUCUCUGGGAGGUGAAGAAGGACUAGACAUUACACAAGAUAUGAAGCCCCCGAAAAGCCUGUACAUUGAGGUGCGCUGUUUGAGAGAUUACGGUGAAUUUGAGAUUGAUGAUGGCACAACUAUCCUUCUGAAGAAAAACAGCCAACAUUUCCUGCCCAGAUGGAAAUGUGAACAGCUUAUUCGGCAAGGUGUCCUGGAGCAUGUAUUGUCAUAAAAUGUCUAAUACUGGAUCUGUGAACCUCAUGAAUUAUUUUUUAGUGUAUAGUAACAUGUAAAUAUCCUUUUGAUUAAAUCCGUUUGUAUAAUGUUUUUGGUCUUCAAUAAUUUGGGUAGAAAAUCUCCAUGAAGAAGUCUCAAAACAAACUCCUAGUAUUUGCUACAAACAUGUACGUGGGUCCGAAUACACUAUUCCCUCAAGUGACUAUGCUCAUCCCGGAACCAAUUAAUAGUGUAAGUUGUAACAUGACUCUAUGGGAAAACUGGUACUCUGUUCCAAAGCCCCAAAAUAUCAACCUAAAAUAAGAUUAAAGGGAGUUAAACAUCUAAACUACUACAGAUAAAGAAAGUCCUUUACACAUUAUGGCGCCUUCACACACUGCAGAUUUUGUUGCAGAAAUUUCCACAACUGAAAAUCGGCUCCAUUUAUUUGAAUGGGGAGGCAAGCAGAUGGAUUUCUACAAUCCCCAUUGAGGUGAAUGGAACUGAUUUUCAGUCACAGAAAAUUCUGCAACAAAAUCUGCAGCAAGUGAGGGUGCCCUUACAGAAAUGGCUGCUGAAAGCUGGAAAGCACUUUCUAUGUACAGGAUGGGAAUUUCUUCAGGGUCCGGUGCAGUAUACAACGAGGGACAUUUUAUCAAUACUGGCGUAUUCAUAUGCCAGUCUUGAUCUCCCUGCACUGGCGUGCGAUGCCUCUUAAUAAAUUAGUUGCAUCUCUCCUCUUCCUUGCGCCAGAAACUGAUGCCAGCUACAGGGUGCUGUGCACUUCAGUUAUAACCUCCACCACUUUCUGGUUAAUGUUAUAGUGAAUGGGAUGGGCUGUGCAAAGCCCUGCCCCUUUGCUAGCCACUUCUGAAAAGUGCAGAGAAGCCUAAAUAGUCACAAAUUAUGGUGCACAUAUGGCAUAAAGUGUUCGUUUUAUUCUUUUGGUACACCGAAGAACAUUUAUUGGAGUCAUUUUAACUUUGCGUCCAAAGAAUUUGGGGUCGCAAUGUAGGGCCCAGUGUCAGAAAGCUGGGUUUACAUCCUAGGUCAUGGGUCUUCCAGCAGAACAAUGACCCCAAACAUACUUCAAGAAGCACCCAAAAAUGGAUGGGAACAAUGCGCUGGAGAGUUCUGAAGUGGCCAGCAAUGAGUCUGAAUCAAAAUACCAUUGAACACCUGUGGAGAUAUCUUAAAAUUGCUGUUAGGAGAAGGUGCCCUUCAAAUAUGAAAGACCUUGAGCAGUUUGCAAAAGAGUGGUCCAAAAUUCCAGUUGAGAGGUGUAAGAAGCUUGUUGAUGGUUAUACGAAGUGAUUUGAUUUUAGUUAUUUCUUUCAAUGGGUUAAGUAUUACCAAAUAUUAAG